AACUCUUCCAAAGAGAGAUUGUUAUUAUUCCUCAGGAUGACCAGACAGCUUCUGCUUUCUUUUUCCCUUCUUCCAGAUGGAGAUUCAACCAUAAUAGAAAGAAUGGAGAACUAUUAACCGCCUUUCUUCAGUGGGCUGUGAUUUUCAGAGGGGAAUACUAAGAAGUAAUUUUCCAUGUUGGAACUCAAAGGUAAAGACACUGAGGACAGACCUUUUUGGCAGAGCACGGAUGAAAAUGGCAAGUUCCCUGGCCUUUCUUCUGCUCAACUUUCGUGUUUGCCUCCUCUUGGUCCAGCUGCUUACUCCUUGCUCAGCUCAGUUUGCUGUGCUUGGACCCCAUGGGCCCAUCCUGGCCAUGGUAGGUGAAGACGCUGAUCUGCCCUGUCACCUGUUCCCGACCAUGAGUGCAGAGUCCAUGGAGCUGAGGUGGGUGAGUUCCAGCCUAAGGCAGGUGGUGAACGUGUAUGCAGAUGGAAAGGAAGUGGAAGACAGGCAGAGUGCACCGUAUCGAGGGAGAACUUCGAUUCUACGGGAUGGCAUCACUGCAGGGAAGGCUGCUCUCCGAAUACACAACAUCACAGCCUCUGACAGUGGAAAGUACUUGUGUUAUUUCCAAGAUGGUGACUUCUAUGAAAAAGCCCUGGUGGAGCUGAAGGUUGCAGCAUUGGGUUCUGAUCUUCACAUUGAAGUGAAGGGUUAUGAGGAUGGAGGGAUCCAUCUGGAGUGCAGGUCCACUGGCUGGUACCCACAACCCCAUAUACAGUGGAGCAACACCAAGCGAGAGGACAUCCCCGCUGUGGAAGCACCUGUGGUUGCAGACGGAGUGGGCCUAUAUGCAAUAGCAGCAUCUGUGAUCAUGAGAGGCAGCUCUGGGAAGGGUAUAUCCUGCAUCAUCAGAAAUUCCCUCCUUGGUCUGGAAAAGACAGCCAGCAUUUCAAUCGAAGAUCCCUUCUUCAGGAACGCCCAGCCCUGGAUUGCAGCCCUGGCAGGGACCCUGCCUAUCUCGCUGCUGCUUCUCGCAGGAGCCAGUUACUUCUUGUGGAGACAACAGAAGGAAAAAGUUGCUCUGUCCAGGGAGACAGAAAGAGAGCGAGAGAUGAAAGAAAUGGCAUAUGCUGCAACAAAGCAGGAAAUAAGCCUAAGAGAGAAGCUCCAGGAGGAACUCAACUGGAGAAAAAUCCAGUACAUGGCUCGGGGAGAGAAGUCUUUGGCCUAUCAUGAAUGGAAAAUGGCCCUUUUCAAGCCUGGUGAGGAAAUACUUCAGAUGAGGCUCCACCUUGUUAAAGAAAUUAGAUGUAUGGAAAAAUAGACUGCAGAAAAGGGGAACUCAUUUAGUUCAUGAGUGGUCGAGUGAAGAUUGAAAAUUAACCUCUGAUUAUAAAGCAUUAGGGGGCAGAGUCAAUGUGGGGAGGGAAACAAGAAAAAUGUAGCAAGAGGAUCCUUGUUGCUUCCUGAGGCAGCAUCAGGGUAUUGGAUUAGGCAGAUACUGACCUUACUUUCAUUUCCCCUCUGGACACAAGACCCCUUGAGCUUUCUCCCACGACACUGAUGAGACAUCCAAAUUCAGGGCAGGCUAGGGACGCCAGCUUCUGUAAGGACCUCCUCAGCAUGGUCCAGGCCUUGCAUGCUGAGGCUCUGAAAUCCAGGAAAAAUGGCUGAUCCCAUGGACACCUCCUCAAACUCUCUGCAGCCGAUGUGAUUCUGGAUCCAGACACGGCAAAUGCCAUCCUCCUUGUUUCUGAAGACCAGAGGAGUGUGCAGCGUGCCGAAGAGCCGCGGGAUCUUCCAGACAACCCUGAGAGAUUUGAAUGGCAUUACUGUGUGCUUGGCCGUGAAAACUUCACAUCAGGGAGACAUUUCUGGGAAGUGGAAGUGGGGGACAGAAAAGAGUGGCAUAUUGGGGUGUGUAGUAAUAACGUGGAGAAGAAAAAACGUUGGGUCAAAAUGACACCAGAGAAUGGAUACUGGACCAUGGGGCUGACUGAUGGGAAUAAGUAUCCGGCUCUCACUGAUCCCAGAACCAACCUGAAACUUCCUGAGCCCCCUAGGAAAGUGGGGAUCUUCCUGGACUAUGAGACUGGAGAGGUCUCAUUCUACAAUGCCACAGAUGGAUCUCAUAUCUACACCUUUCCACACACCUCUUUCUCUGAGCCUCUAUAUCCUGUAUUCAGAAUUUUGACCUUGGAGCCCACUGC